GCUUCCGGGUUGCACGCCCGGAAGCAGGAAGUUGUCGGCUUACCCUCCUUGCCCGGCGGCUGCUGUCCCCGAGGCGGGAGGAGCCCGAGAGGGCGCGGGCCCCGCAUACUGAGACCCAGAAGGAAUUGUGGAGAACAUCUCAUCGGAGCUGUAUAAGCCACUGUUAGAAGUCAAGCUCACUCUUUGGAACUUCCCUCUGUGGCAAAGCUCAUUCCUGCCAGAGUUGGAUCUUCUUUCUUUCUGGAGGGAUUUUGUAUUGGAAGACAUGGAUCUAGCCACCAGUGAGCUCAGCAUUUAUGACAAACUUUCAGAGACUGUUGAUUUGGUGAGACAAACGGGCCAUCAGUGUGGCAUGUCAGAGAAGGCAAUUGAAAAAUUUAUCCGACAGCUGCUGGAAAAGAAUGAACCUCAGAGGGGGCCACCCCAGUACCCUCUCCUCAUAGCUAUGUAUAAGGUCCUUGUAACCCUGGGAUUAAUCUUGCUCACUGCCUACUUUGUGAUUCAACCUUUCAGCCCAUUACCACCUGAACCGGUGCUUUCUGGAGCUCACACCUGGCGCUCACUCAUUCAUCACAUCCGGCUGAUGUCCUUGCCCAUUACCAAGAAGUAUAUGCCAGAAAAUAAGGGAGUUCCUCUGCAUGGGGGUGAUGAAGACAGACCCUUUCCAGACUUUGACCCUUGGUGGACAAACAACUGUGAGCAGAAUGAGUCAGACCCCAUCCCUGCCAACUGCACUGGCUGUGCCCAGAAAUUACCCCUCAAGGUAAUGCUCCUGGAAGAUACCCCGAAGAAAUUUGAGAGACUUCAUCCUCUGGUGAUCAAGACGGGACAGCUCUUGUUGUCAGAAGAGUUUCAGCAUUUCCUGUGCCAGUACCCUGAGGUAACGGAAGGCUUCAGCGAAGCGUUUUUCAGCAAGUGGUGGCGCUGCUUUCCCGAACGGUGGUUCCCAUUUCCUUAUCCGUGGAGAAGACCUCUAAACAGAGCACAUAUUUUACGCGAGCUUUUUCCUGUUUUCACCUACCUGCCAUUUCCAAAAGAUGCCUCCUUAAGAAAGUGCUUCCUUCUUCAGCCGGAACCUAUUGUGGGUAGUAAGAUGCAUAGGAUGCAUGACCUGUUUAUCAUUGGCAGUGGUGAGGCCAUGUUGCAGCUCAUCCCUCCCACCCAAUGCCGAAGACACUGCCAGUCAGUGGCGAUGCCACUAGAGCCAGGGGAUAUUGGCUAUGCCGGCGCCACCCACUGGAAGGUCUACAUGAUAGCCCGAGGGGUCCAGCCUUUGGUCAUCUGUGAUGGAACCACCCGCUCAGAACUAUAGGUAACAAGAACUGUACAGAGGAACAACUUAGAGAGCUGAAGACCAGAUUGAAAGGGGGGAAAUAAAAACGAUGAACCACUUUCCAAGGCUACUUAGUUACCUGCCCUCUGCAUGCGUGUAUGAGCCAGCCGUAUGCUGGAGGUCGUGGCCAGAGCCUGGCCCUCCCGACGCUUCCAGCCUAGCUGCUUGGCCAGGACUUUGCCAAUACCUGCCUGUGAGAGACUGGGCUCUUCCAUCUUCCAUACCUUUUGGAACCGCAGCCUUAAGGCUGCCCCUCAGGCAGGAAACGGGAUUGGUGCCUUCCCUUUCUUGCACAGCCUGAUCCCCUCUGCCGGCUCCCUGGCCACAGAGAGGGCAGCCGGCAGGUCCUGACUUCAGAGCCAUCCCUUACCAGGUGGGCCUGCUUGUCCUGUCUUCCUGGCCACACCAGCCUGUACUUCUGUGGAAAGCCAUGCCUGAUUAAAGAAGUCAUUGCAGUUUCCCCAGCGGAAUGGAAUCUAGAAACCAGUGAAACAGGAUUAAAUAAUCAUUGCACUCAAGAAAUGCACUGCUUUCCCCAGUGUCCAUGACUCUUGGAGUCUCAGUGAUGCCAGGUUGGAGUCUGAUUGUAAUGGAAAUGGUAAUUCCUAAGGUAAUACUUCCCUCCAUUUGAUCAGGUUCUUAUGCCCACCCCCAACCCCGCUCCCUUCCCUUCUCGCUUGCCUAUCAGGAUGGUUUCUCAGAAGUUGGACUCCCGGUCCCCUCUCCCUGGCUGGUCCAGAGCCCUUUACUGCUGAGGCAGCAUGGCUUCUGUCAACUGGGUUGCAUUUACCAAGUGUCUUCAGAGGGGAUAAGUUAGAAUGCUGGCCUGGGGAGAGGGUGCUUCCCGGGUUUGAUCCUUAGGGUCCAGCUUUCUGCAGGGAAGAUGUUUUACAUGUGUGUCAAGCUGAUGUUGUAAUGUGGUUGGGGAAGGAACUCCAGACCCAGCGUGUUUGCCAGUUGGGUGUGCGACUCUGGGAUCUUUUGUCUUAAAAUGAUUUCUCUCUUUGUACUGGAAAACAAGGUGAGGUAUUUUUAUUGUUCGUAAAAAUAUAAAGCUAUGUUCUUUCAGUUGGGUGAUAACCUAUGCUCAUUGUUUUCUCCAAGUGCUUUUAAUAUGUAUUAAUCAAAUGUUAUAAAUAAGGAUACUUUUCUUCCUCUUUUUUCCCCCCCUUUAUUCCUUUAUUGAUGCUGCUAGAUACCUGGCCUCUAGUCAUGCUGUCACCAAGCUGAAGAAAAAAACCCGACUGUGGCCCCUGGUUCUGAAUCUCAGAAAUCAGAUGAGUACAGGUGUCCAUGGCAGAAUGAAUGGACCAGAGGCAGACAGUGGCGAGAGAAGGGGGUGUGACUCCUUGCAGGGUCCUUCCUCUGCAUCCUUGGAGGUGUCCUUGUACCUUAUCCCUGGGCCCUCCCUUAGCACAUCUCCCGAGCAGCCAGCCGUGGGGAUCAGCCAGGCACUAAAAGACUUGCUUUGUGAGCCUGUAAAGGACAAGAAUGGUUCACAGAGCUCAGGGUGGAAAUAAUCGGCCUCCAUAGACUUGAAUGAAAUUAGGAUAAACGGUACCUGAGGGAAUUUUUCCUUAAACAAGUCCGCGCCUUGUGUGGGUUAAUACAGGAAAAACAAAAUUUUUUGUACAUAUAAAAGGCAUGCUGCUGAGCAGUAUGAUUUAAGAGGUUUUAUUUCAGAGGGAUCAUUUCAAGGCCAGCUUUGCGCAAGCUUUUAGAUACCCCUGCUGUGCAUGGAGAAGGAUUAUAUGUAAACAAGUUUUUUAGAGUUUUCUUCAAUUGGGCCCUUUGGGUUAACAAAAGAGGGUUUCUUAGAAGGAAAAGAAACUGUUUUGAUGAUUGAGAUUUCUAUUUUGUCUUUAUGAAUUACCCUGUGUUUCUUCCCCAUUUCACUCCUGCCCUUCUCACCUUAAAUGUUCAUAAAAUAUCCACUUCAGCUCAAAACUUUGAGAAACCCUUGUGUGUGUUGUUGUUCUGAGGCAUCUCCUGGAAAGCCCCCUAAGCCCCUGAGCUGUCUACAGUGCAACAAAAAAAUGGUGUGGCUGCAAAGAAACAGAGAUUUUCGUGCAUUUCCUAAGCUUAAAAUCUAUCCUGUUCAGAACUGAAGGUCAAUUUCUGUUAAGGGAGAAAUUUUCCAAAGAGAGUUUUCAGCUCUUAAUUACUGGAUACGUCGAAGUAAUUUGCCUUCUUCUGAAGGCAAUUCUGAUAAGCAGAACACAGGAAUGGCUUCCCUCAAGAAUGGCCUGGAUUGGCAGCCCGAGACUUUGUGUGAGGGUGCUGCUCACCCAGCUCUCAUGGGAACAGUAGAAGUCCCUCCACAUGACCCAGUGUGCAGAAGAGAGUCAUCAAGAUGAGGACGAAGGGUUUGGGGGGCAUGGUGGGACUACCUAACCAACCCCCCACCUUCUCCACCACAAGAAGAACAAAAUCCUCACAAGUUUGUCGAGUGUUUACGAAGAGGUGACAUGAUGGUGACCUCCACACGUGGGUUAGCUUCACUUUACUUAUAGGCACCCACUUUCUCUCUGGGAAGAAAGGCUGCUUUGGCACCAGUUUGAAGCAUUUAUGUCAAGAUGUCCUGAUGUCAGCAGGGGCCAAGUAUUGACAAGACAUUACACCUGUUCAGGCAGAACUUAUCCUCUCCCCACACUCAAUUUUUUUAGGGAAGGGAGGGAGUAAAAUAAUAUGGUUUAUGAACAUAGAAUCUAGGGGCGCCUGGCUGGCUCAGUCAGUGGAGCAUGCCACUCUUGAUCUCAGGGGUUGUAAGUGUGAGCCCCAUGUUGGGGGAAGAGAUUACAUAACAAUAAAAUCUUAAAAAAACAAAUACACAGAAUCUACUUAUUUUGUGAAGAACAAAUAUGGGCAGAUUUGGACUCAUUUUCUGAGGGAAAGAAUAGUAACAUUUGUCCAGUUCAUUCUAAGAGGGCCUCAAUCUCCGUGAUCUCCUUUAAUCGUUACUCAGUCCUGUCAAGUAGGCGUUAGAUCCUCAUUUUACAGGAAACAUUUUACAGGGCUUAGAACAGUUAGCUGCAGGUCAGUAGGUAGUUGGUUUUGCAGCACAUUGUUUCCCUGCCUCAGCACAGUGUGGUGCCCAAGAAUGAAGCUGUGGGCUUAAUUGCCUGGGGCGUGUCCCCACUGGGUCAGGAGGACCUUGGGAGAGGGUCAGCAAGCCAGGAACUCUUCAGGGUUUGUUUUCAAGAUUGUUUUGGACAGAAAGGGAACAGGAGAGAAUCUAACCAGAUGACUUUUAUAAGAAUCCUUUCACUUUCUCCCUCCCUAUUUGAAAGCUCUUUAAGAGUGAGCGUGACUGGAACACAGCCGUGUCCAGCCACUUUCCCAUCACACGUUUCCAGAUGUGUGACCAGAAGAGGGACUCUGCCCAGUUCCAGUUGUGGCUCCCUUUAGAGUUUACCUCACUUGUUUGUCAGCUCUCCAUUUUCUCGUCCCCUUCUUCCCAAGUCCAGCACAGACCUCUGUGUAGGAGCAAUUUGUUUUUUAAAAACUCUCAAUCUCCUUCGCCGCAGGUAAUGGCCUCACUCAUUUUAAUAUAGUUUGGGAUGAGAGUUUGCUCCUUAACCAGUGGCUUCCAUGAUGAACAUUCAAAAUCCCAAAGCAAAUGUUCACUUCUCACCUAAUCCUUGCCCACAGGAGAAAGCCAAGUUAGAGGGGAAAGGGCCAAAGCUGUCUGGUUACGUGGAGAGAAGUGAUCGUGACUACCUCUUGAGAAUCAGUUCUUAAUCAGAGGGGUCCUUUAGGCUUUUGAGCUCUCCUAGUGAUGGAGGAGAAACUCAGCUCUGAGUUCACGAGUUCACACUCAUUAACUUUCAGUGGUGACCCAUCACCCACUAAAAUUGGAAGAAGGAAAGCAAUGUGGGAUGUGCUUUUAAAUGGCAUUUCUCCCCUUUUUUUAAAUUUAAAUUUUAACAUACAGUGCGAUACUGGUUUAAAUGGCAUUUUAGAUUGAGAUUCUGUUUGGAGCUAUGCAUGGGUGUCGGGGCCAGGAGGCUGGAAGGUGCCAGUGCUUAUGGGGAUAGCCCUGUAGCAAAUGAAAAAUGGAAGGCUCUGGGAAAACUCCGUGUCGCCAUCAGCAUCUCCCUGGCCUCCUCACCCCCAGCCUCCUGAUAUCUAGUGGCUUCUUUCACAAAAGCAUCUCCAAGAAGACAGACAGGUGCUCCCCUAUUUGCACCACACCCAAGGCGGCCCACCCUUGGACGCAGUAUGGUUUUAUGCACUGGCCUUUGUGAGAAACCGUCCAGCCAGCUUGUCUCUUGUCCAGGUCCCUUAGUGUCUGGUUUCCCUGCCCUGCAUAAUUUAAGCAUUAGAGCUAAAUACAUCUGUCGUUUUCCUCUCUCCGGAGACUGGGAAAUGUCCAGAGCUUUUCAGAAGAGUGGAGAGAAGAGAUGUUAUGUAACUCCUAGUGGAGGCCUGGAACGGUCCAGACAUGGUGGGGCUGGGGCUGACCCGGAGACCAUUUCCCCUCCACUUAGUGCAUCUGUCAGUCGGCGGCAUGGAUCCAAGCAUGAGCCCCGGCUGCAGGCACCUGAGCAGAGAAGGGAGACCAGUCUAGAGUUUCAAACAGAAACUGGGCGGUCAGGCCAUCAGCUGUGUGCCAAGCUUAGUUAACCUCAUUUCCUCACAACAGCUCCGUGGGGUAGGUGAGGUCAUCCUGUGAAGCCACUUUUACUCAAAAGAUCAACCGUGUCCCAGCCUCCAAAUUCCAGCUCCUCAGGGCACUUUUGGCCCUUUCAGAAACAAACUCUCUUAUCCACAAGAAUUUGUGACAGGAUCAGACAGACACAUGGCAUUCCCAAGAACCCCUAGUCUCAUCAUGACCGGCAACUUCCCCCCUACCCCCCGCAACUUGUUGCCAUAGUGUUCCCCUCAGAAAUAUGUUGGCUGUGGUCUCUCUCCUCCCUCCCUCCCUCCUGCAGAAGGGUCAGUAACAGACGCCUAGGCUGGGGGAGCAGACUGGAGGGGCAGAGCCAAGCCAGCAGCUAAUGCUCAGCCUCUUCCCCACCCUCGUCAGGGACAGGCAUUGGGACAGCUGCCGUGCAUCUUCAAGGAAACCAGGGAAGGUUCCAGUAGGCCGAGGGAGACAGACACCUGUCCCAACCGCGCACGCUCCAGAUGGUGUACGCUGUUCUAAUACGUGUUCGGUGCAGAAUGUUGAUGGUGACUUAAUGUACUGCAAACUUGUAAAGACUUCCGCCAUGUAAAGAAUGUAUGUAAAGUUUUAUGUAAUGAAAGUUUUUACUUUUGCAAUUAAAAGUGUAUAUGAUGGUUGAUAAGAA